AUGGUUGUUUUGAACUCGCUUAAGAUUCUGUCCUCUGAAACAAGACACACUUUAAGUGUGGUCUAUGUCCCAGCAGGCGAAAUUCGGAAGGCCUUUAUCCUUCCACCCUCCAUUUCCGUGAAUGUGGAGGUUUUUCCGAUUUCCGAGGUCGGCGUUUUUGCACGGUCUGAGCCGGUGUUCUUUAUUGAUGGCUACAUAGGCUGCACGGACGGAAAGCCCUGCAUUGCUCCGUGCGGGGCAGACGGGUUUGUGCAGCCCAACUGGUUUGACCUUGUGGCUGCAAACGACAGCCUUACGCUCGAGAGGACUGCCGCAUGCAUUGAGGAAAACAUAGACACAAUUGUGGAAAGCGCCAUGCGCAAGUCCGAGGCGGCCCAGUUCGGCAUACAAAACCCGGUGUGCCUGCGGCUGGCCGUGUUCUUCAUCAAGAUAAACCAGCUAGACGACGCGCUUAAGUGCAUACGGGAAAACAUGCCAACCACGUACUCGCUUGAGAAAAUCAUUCCGUAUCUGACGUACGAAAUAUUUGCAGGCGCUCUUCUUGCGCCAGAGGACCCGUCGAUUGUGGACAGCAUUGCAUACAUCUCCACAGCGCUUACAGGCGCGCAGCCCAGCAGCGAGGAAAACCGGGUGCUCAACACGGUGCUGGUGGGCCUGCAGAAGACCUCGUGCAGAAGACCCCCCAGCAUUCUUAACAUGUAUUCCAGAGUGGCGGUUUCCCCGCACAAGGCGUCCAUGUUCUACUACCUUCUAUCGCUGUACAUAGGCCCGGAAUACGCGACGCGGUACACGCUGGUGGGCCUCGCGGUGGACCGCAUUGGGUGCUCCAUGUGCUCGCCGUCCAGAAUGAAGAGCUCAAAAAAAACGCUCGAGUCAAUUAUUUCGCUUGAGAGCGAUUUGGUGGUGGAAAAAACGCCGUGCGACCUUGUGCUGGCCGAGUAUAUGCACAACAAGAGCGUGAUUCCAGAUCCCGAAAUAUACAUCACGACUGGAAUAGGGGAGUACAUAACGCAGACAAAGCAGGAAAUAGAAAGCACGGAGACCAAAGACGUGCACAUGCUUAGCGAGCUUGCGCAGACAGAAGCCGGGGCGCCUGGGCGCGCCAUCUAUACAGAGGGUGAAGUGUCGCUAAAAGUGGGCGCGCCGGACGUGGCUGUGACGGGCAUUCUACUGGGCCGGCCAACGUCAGAGACAACGGUGGUGUCUGCGCAUCCUCUGCACACCCGGCCGAAAGAGCUGCAGUGCCUGGCGCCAACGCACGCGGGCGAAAAAGCCACGUUCUUUAUAAGCUCGACGUGCAAGAUUCUUGAGGUGUACCUCAGCUACAAGGGGCGGUCGUACAGCAAAAAGGUGCAUGUUUCGGUUGAGGUUCUUGAGGUGCCACUCUCGAAAAAGGUGCUGUCGCACAGGCUAUCUAUAGUUCCGGGCGCAGGGCUCUUGGAAAGCAGCGAAACAAAGGAGAUCGAGCUGUGCCUGGGCAGGUGCAUUGGCAGCCCCUUUUCCGUUGUUUCUUUUAGCCCGCUGCGCGCAAGAAUUCCGUUUAUGCACAACGGCUGCACGCUGUACACUGAGGCUGCGUUCAGCUGGGAGUAUCUGGACCUUGUGAAGGUGAAGGAGAGCGCAGACGCAUACGAUAUCCAGGCGCUGGGCAACGACCUUGUUAUAGAGUACGCAGGCGCCUCUGUGCGCAUACAGGCGCACACCUCGAAAAAAGUCGCAAAGGACGCAAAAACAAAAAAGAUGUUCUGGAUGCUUGCAGAUAGAACCAAAAGCGGGGAGGUGAGCCUGUAG